AGUUUGUAUAAGCUUUGUAACAAACGGACCAGGCUGUCGACUACUAUGACUGUACUCUGUCUUGACAAUGCAUGUACCCAGACGAUUCACUCACUGUUGUUUAUUCUCUUCAGGAUGCUUUAUAUAAGCUUUGUAACAAACAGACCAGGCUAUAGACUACUAUGACUGUACUCUGUCUUAACAAUGCAUGUACCCAGACGAUUCACUCACCGUUGUUUAUUCUCUUUAGGAUGCUUUUCUGGGCCUUGGCUAAUAUUUCGUGGGUUUUGUUUAACAAAAUACCAGGAAAACCAUUGAAUGACAAAUUUCUAUCUCCAAAUAUUACGUGUGACUAGAAUUUAUUAACACAUUUUUGUGCAAAGAAAAUAAUGCUCAGUGUUAAAGAUAUACAAAACAUUAUAAUUAAGCUAUCUUUUGGAAUGUAGAAUGUUCUAUAUCGAAGCAUUCAUGAUUCAAAGAUAUCGGCUUGCUAUGUAUCUGUACCGUCUAAUUCGAUUGUUGUUACUGCACUGUUAAGUCGAGCGUAUCAGCUGUGUACACACUGCAACAGUUUUCACUCUUCGAUUUGUAUCGUCAAGUGUCGGCGACUAAGAUCAGAUCAUCUCAAAGGACAAUACGAAUGGAUGAAACUCGAGGAUGUCUAUAGAUCUACAGUUUCCUAGCAGUUACAAGAGUUCUUUGUGGACAAUAGAAAAGUGCGUCAAUGUACAAGAUACAUUUCAGACAUUUAAACUAAAGCUGUUUUUAAACACCUUUCAGACAUUUAAAUCAACGUUGUUUUUUAAAAAGUGUAUGAGAAGCACUAUAGAAAUUGUUAAAUAAAGUGCGUUUUCCUGGAACCUUUUUUUUUCUUUGAGAUUGUGGUUGAACUAAGGACUAUCAUGCCAUCAGAAAGGACUUCCUUGAAUCCUGAAAACAAAUUACUGGACAGGACGGUGGACAGAAGGUCUGACCUCAGCAUGGUUACGUCUCCGUACCUUUUAUCUCGGUUUUUGUUGCAGGCGACCAACAAACCUAAAAGAAACCAUCCAACCACACUGGCCAUUCAAAUGCAGAAGUCUAUAUCGAUAUCCAACGUUCAGUGCGAAUCUCCAAACGCGUACGAUCCCAACGGCCCGUCGCUUUGGGUCAAUGGCUUCGAUACUAUGUCCACCAGUGAUCAUUCCGAUACCACCCCAGAUAGGACUGAUGAAUUCUUGGUAUCUGAACUUUCCACACAGGAAGAGCGCGUGUCGCUUCCGUGCAGAUACAGAGAACGUUUAAUGGAACUAUCUAAAGACAGCUUGCCGUUUCACUGUAACUUCAAUGGAAACGAGCACGAAAGAACUUCACGGGAAGAAGAUCUAACUACAGCUCUAAGAUGGAUACGACAAGAAAUAUUGGAGAUGAAAGAACAAGACAAAUCUCUCCAAAAACAGUUCAUUGAACUAAGGACAAGUAUUUUACAACUUAGGUGCCUGUAUGAAAUGCAAGGUUCUUACUCAGACGUCAGUAGCUUAGAGGGCAGCACUUACUCUCUGAAUGAACCAAUCAAGUCACCAAAAGUCAAACGCUUACUUCUAGAAGGGGAUAACUGUCUAAACCAACUUUCCAUAUCGCUGCCAAGUUCUCCAAUGGUGGAACGAUUUAAAUGGAGAAAUGAUGAAUACAUCUAAUCAAUACAAAAAUUAUAAAUGACUGCCAAUUUUGGAUUUACAAAUUCAAAACCAAGUUUGACAAUGUAGGCCACUCCUAAAUCUCUUGAGGACUAUAGAAAGAGACAACUGUGAUUUACAUACAAGUGUGCUUGUUGCUAUAACACAUUGUAUGUGGUUUCAUCUAUGUUGAUUUUGAUAUGAAAUAUUGUCAAUUAACAUAUCUUAUGCCUUAUUUCAUUAAAAAUGUUAAGAUUUAUGUACAAUAUUUAUCACUUAUUUAUGUUUGCUGCCAUUUAUUCAAACAUUAAAAUUUUGCAAUGCUUCAAAGUAAAUUUAGUAU